CUAUAAAUGAAUUGGGUUAACACUCCAUGACUACCAUAACUUUUGAGCUUUGAAAAAGACAUUCACGAGUCACAUGCCUUUGUUUUCAGUGAAAAGGAUAAAAUUCUAUAAAAACCUCAUUUUUUUGGGUUGUCCUCUGUAAUUUCAGACCCUUCUCCACUUGCUUUCUCUCUCUCUAUAUACCCCUCCAUUAUAAGGGACAGUACUUCUAACACCCUUCUGUUUUCUUCCCAUUUAUAUAACCUAUAGUUUUUAUGUAAAAAAAAAAUUUCAUGUUUUUCCUCUGAUUUUUCCACAUAAUUUUAGUUCUAAUGGAGAAACCUAGCAGCAUUCUAUGUCUUCUUAUUUUGUUCCUUGCAAUUUCUCUCUCGCAUCAGUCUCGUGGCGGUCACAAGUCUCACCACCCAGCAGCUAAACCCACUUCUCAGAUCACUGUCAUGGGUACUGUUUACUGUGACAUUUGCUCAAAUAACUCCUUUUCUAGGCACAGCUACUUUCUAGCAGGAGUGGAAGUGAAAGUUGAUUGCAAGUUCAAGGCAACAGCACCAAGAACAUAUGAAGAAAUAACAUUCUCAGUGAAUCGAACGACAAACGAAUACGGGUGGUACAAACUCGAAAUACCUUCAGUAGAUGGGAUCGAAUGUGCACAAGGAGCAGCCGUCGAAACGAUAUGCAGGGCGAGUUUAAUAGGGAGUUAUACUUCAAAAUGUAAUGUGCCUGGACAUCAGACUACUACUGAUGUUGUGUAUUUUAAGUCUAGCCAACAGCAUAUCUGCAUUUAUGGGUUAAGUGCUUUGAACUUUAGACCUUCUAGCAAGAACAAGGCUUUGUGUGGAAAUUAGCAAGCCUUUUUCUUCCCCAAAUUAAACUUUAAUUAUGUUUUUUAUUUUCUAAUUUUUGUUUACUAUAUUAAUAAGAGUAAAUUAUAUAUAUAUUUAUAUGCGAAUAGAGUUUUAAUAAUAGUAUUUAUCUUAA